AGGUUGUGUGUCUGUAGUUCUCCUGAUGUCUGGAGCAAGCCCAGGGCGGGGCCACCCUGGGCGGGGAAGCUCCCCAAGCAAGGCCCAGGCUUCUCGGCCUACACUGGAGGAAAACUCCCAGACUCUUUUUGAUGGAGAUGAAAAUCCUAAAGUGGAUGUUGUACACCAAAGUCCUCAGCAUGGAAGCACUACAAGUGCAAGGAUGGAAGAUAAAGAAAUGGAUGUUUGUAAAGCAAAGAAAGAAGCAGCAGAAAGUGUUUGUGAGACACGUGUAAUGAUACAGUCGGCCGGCCAAGGCUCUCAGUGUGGGGAACAACCAAAAGGCUCCCAGAAAGUAAGUCCUGUAAGAGACAACAAGUCUGCUAUUCAAGGCCAUGAUGGUGCACAGGAGGUGAGGGGAUCACAGGCAGCAGGUGUGCAGCUCCACUCUCCAGCACAGAGGCAGAGGAGGACAUCUCUGGAGAGACAGACAUUACAGGAGAACCUACAGCAACAAGAGGUGGUCUCCAGCAUGACCCGCUCAGGCCGCACCAGAUCCCAGGCUGGAGGUAAGAGCCAAAAUACUGCAGAGGGGUCUAUGGGGGUGACACCUGGGAAAUUUGUGGAGAAAUCUCUAAGUGUCUGCAAAACUGUUCCUGCCCCGGACUCUGACCUGGCUUCAGCAGAUACAAGCAGCCAUGGCUCCGUAUUCAUCCAGCCCGAGAGUCUAUCCAGACCCCACCAGCAGGGCAAAGAGACCACCCGGGCACCAGAGCUACAGCUGGCGGAGGAGAUCCCAGCACUGGUGAGGAGGAUGGAGGAGCUGAAACACCAAAAACAAAUGCUACAGAUGCAGAUUGACUGUAUAUACAAACUAAAGACUGCGAACCCACAGUACAAGUCCAUGCAUGACAACAAACUGUAUACACUGAGCACAGAGCUGGCCACCAUAGUGAGCGAGAUGGACUGUUUACUGGAGAGGAUGGGACCACUGGCGGAAUCCUAUAGGAACCAGGAGCGCUUUUCCCAGUACCAGCUAAAUUUUGAUUCUGAGCCCAGAUCAGAUGUAAUACCUGACAUCACCGCAGAGGAGCCCCAGGAGGUGAAAAGACCCCUAAUAAAACCCCCAAACUUCACCUUUAAGGAUCAGCAUAAGUAUGGAGAACAGCAACAUCAGAGACCUGCAGCUGUUCCUAAACAAGAGCCUGCAAUUCCGGUACCUGCAGAGGCACCGCAAGUCCCAGAGGACCCAGUACAUGAGGAGGACAGUGGACAUUUGCCGGUGUAUGAAGCAGAAUUGACGGUGGCGGAGGUCAAAGAGGCCAUUGAUAAGUUACAUCUGAAGAAGGCACCAGGUCCAGAUGGGAUAACAGCAGAAUUCUAUAAGACAUUCAGAGACCUCUUGGCCCCAAUCCUCGUGGAUGUUUACACAAAUUGUCUAGAAAGUCACCUGAUGCCUCCAUCCAUGAGAGUGUCCUCGCUGAUUCUGCUGUCUAAAGGUAAAGAGCCGAGUGACAUCAAGAACUGGAGGCCAAUUGCCCUCUUGAAUGUCGACAGGAAGAUUCUGGCAAAGAUCCUGUUUUCUAGGUUAGUUUGUCUGUCCCCGGCACUGUUGGCAGGCUGUCAGUAUGGCACAGUAAAAGGGCGGAACAUCUCUGGGGCAGUGAUCUCCAUAAGAGAGAUGUUUGAGAGAUGUAAAGUCCUGAGGUGUGGGAGAUAUGUUGUGAGUCUUGACCAGGCUAAAGCCUUUGACAGAGUAGAUCAUGAGUAUCUAUGGGCCACUUUGUCAAAGUACGGUAUUCCGGGAAAAUUCAUUGAUUGGCUGAAGACUUUGUAUUGUGAGGCCGAGAGCUUUCCUCUGAUCAAUGGUUGGCAGGGUGACACCUUCAGGGUUGAGGCGGGGGUGAGACAAGGUUGCCCACUGAGUCCGCUGCUGUAUGUAUUUGCCUUAGACCCGUUUCUGAGGUCACUGCAGGAGUGUGGUUUUCAGGGGGUGCCGGUCCCCCACUGCCUGCCCCUGAGUGUUGUUGCCUACGCGGAUGAUGUGACUGUAGUGAUAUCUGAGCCUCGUGAGGUGGAGAUGUUGUCUGCAGCCAUCAGAAGUUACUCGGAGGCCUCAGGGUCUCUGGUCAACCUUGAGAAGAGUCAAGCUCUCUGGAUCUCAGAUACUGAUCCAGACUUUGAUCUGCCCCAAUUUGUGAGAGCCUCCACCUAUAUUAAAAUCCUAGGGGUCAAAUUCGGGAGGGACGAUAACGCCAAACUUAAUUGGGAAGAGAAGUUGGAAGCCGGAAAUGCAAAGGUUCAGCGAUGGAAGAACUGGAGGCUGACCUAUAGAGAAAGGGUUCAAAUGUUGAAGACUUACCUGGUCCCCGUCUUCUUAUAUGUCUCUGUUGUUUUUCCUUUGCCAGAAUCUUUCUCCGCUCGGCUCUUUAGCCUGUUCUUCCAAAUGUUUUGGGGGAACAGGUUGAACCCAAUAAAAAGAGGGAUCACCUACCUACAGAGGAGAGAGGGUGGGUUGGAUAUGCUGAAUCCAAGGGUGUUCUUUGACUCCAUGUUUCUAAAAGUAAAUUUUGGUUGCCUGGACUCAAACAACAGCUCCCUGUGGGCGAAUAGUAUCAGGGACUGGAUAUUGCCUUUUGCAGAGUCUUGGGUGCGAGGCGGCAGUCUCAAGAGGGGGAGAUGGACGCGUGACUACCUCCCCCCGUACCUGGAAUACGGGCUCAGAUGUCUGAAGAGAUGGCGCAUUGAGAAGUCUUAUAUAGAGAGUAAGACCCGUAAGGACCUUUAUGUCAGGGUUUGUAGGACCUUUUUCUUUUUACAACCAGCACUAAGGGACUGUACAUCCGUCAUCUUACGGGACAGUCUGAGGCUUCUAAACAGUGUGAGGCUCCCGAACAAAUUCCAUGACAUCGCCUGGCUGUCCUUACACGGGAAACUGUUCGUAAGAGGGAAUUUAAAAUACCUGAGUCUGUCUGAUCGGAAGUGUCCCCUAGGGUGUCAGGAGGAGGAGACCAUGACACAUUUUAUAUCGGAGUGCUGGGGAGGGCGACACAUAUGGCAGACGAUAUCCAACAAGCUAAGAAUCCAAAGACUACAGACCUUAAAAUACCCAGAAAUAAUUUACGGUGUAACAUCUAGUGUGAGUGACAUUGACAGGGAAACGUUAUAUAUCAUCAUAUCUGUCAUAAAAUACUACCAUUGGCACACCAGGACCCGAGUCUCCAUGUAUAAUGAACCCUUCCAUGAUAGGAGAGCAGUAGACCUGAUCAUGUCAGAGCUGAGGUGGAUCAAGUGUUUGGAGAUCAGGAAGGAUGAGAAAAAUCUAUCAUUAUGGAGGAACGUGUAUAUAGAAUGAUAUUUACCUUCAUGAUGCUUUUGUGUUGUUCAUUUAUUUACUUCUCAUU